GGCCGUGACGGUCGCAUGUGAUGCGUGUUCCUUCGCCGAUCCCGCAGUGAGUGCAGUGCUGUGCAAACGCGUGGUUCAAAAUCCCGCGCAAAUUUGAAUGAUUCGUGUGUUUCGAACUUGACUGGUUCAGUGUGGCUAUGACCGCCGUCUGAGGAUUGCAAUCCGUUCUACAUCCGGCGCGCGGGGCGGGCGCGAUGUACGCAUGCGCGUGGCGGCGGCACGCGCUCACCGCCGCCCUCGUGCUCGCCGCGCAUCUCAUCAAAGUGUUGUCGUGCGGCGAGACGGGCGGCGGCGGGCGCGCGCGGCGCUACGUGGGGCUCUACACGGGGCCCUACUUCGACCCGUCCGCGCCCAACAACAUCACGGCGCAGCUCGGCACGCACGCCUACCUGCCAUGCAAGGUGCGGCAGCUGAGCAACAAGUCGGUGUCGUGGAUCCGGCGCCGCGACGCGCACAUCCUCACGGUGGACCGCUUCACGUUCAUCGCUGACGAGCGCUUCCAGGCUUUCCUCGUCGAGGCCACUGACACCUGGACGCUACAGGUGAAGUACGUGCAGGCGCGCGACGCCGGCGUGUACGAGUGCCAGGUUGGCACCGAGCCCAAGAUGAGCCACUUCGUGCAGCUCAACGUCGUCGUCCCCAAGAUCGAGAUCGCCGGCGAGAGCGAGAUCUAUGUGAAGGCGGGCAGCACGGUGAGCCUGAAGUGCGUGAUCACGCAGGCGCUGGAGGAGCCGGCCUACAUCUUCUGGUACCACAACGAGGAGCGCGUGCUGAGCUACCGGCGCGGCCUGCGGGACAUCCGCGUGGAGCGCCCCGCGCCCGACACAACGGUCGGCCACCUCGUCAUACACAACCCCGUGCGCGAGGACUCCGGCAACUACUCCUGCGCGCCCUCCAACCUCGACUCGGCCUCCGUCGUGUUGCACGUCCUCAGCGGCGAGCAGCCGGCGGCCAUGCAGCACGGCAACGCGGCGGCGCGGCGCGGCGCGCGGACGGCGCUGCUGGCGGCCGCGCUGUGC